ACAACAUGAAAAAUUUCUACAUUGAGAUCUACACUCAGUAUCCAAGCACCAUGAGAAAAAAUGAAACCACGAUUCUUAAAAUAUUCCACAACUCUUUUGACUGCUGUGGCACUGGUGAAGAAACUGGAUUUUCUGUGCUUCAUACCUGUCCAGAAGACCAGAAGAUCCAAUUAUCUAGCUGUCCCAAUAAGAUCGAGGACAUGUUCAGCUCCUACGCGCCUCUGAUGCUGGCUGGCUUUCUAGUCUUGUCUGGAAUCAUGACUGUGGCAGUGGUGUGCAGUGUCGUACUCAGCAGACACCUCUCACGGUUUCCCGAACCUCCUCCUGAAUAUGCGAUCGUUUGGGAGGAAAGAAAUAAGAAAUGUUUGACUGAUUUAUUGCUGGGUUGUUUUUCAAAAUGCAAAUAAUGCAUUGUUACCCUGCAUUUUUGGUCCUGGACAGUUUUUAAUAGAAAUCUGUAUCACGUUGUUGUUCAGCCAUGCUUCAUGAUGGAUAUGUUGAGCACCAUAAAAUAUAGGAUAAUACUCUUUUUUUCGUCAAGCAUAUUAAGUACAAAAUUAGUGCUUGAAAACAGGGCACUUUAA